UUUGGGGUCGGACUCCAGCGUCAGCAGCUUCUCGGUUACAGAUCCUCACCUCGAAAUUUUCUAAAAUGGGAAACUGUCAGCCAACAAUUUUUCCAUAUGAUGAGUUUGAUGUAGUGGCUGACAUCAAGGCCAUCCGGAAAGCCUGCAAGGGUCUAGGCACUGAUGAGAAAGCUAUUAUCGAAAUCCUGGCUAAUCGCUCUGCAGCUCAGCGGUUGGAAAUAAAGCAGGCCUACUUUGAAAAGUAUGAUGAUGAGCUGGUGGAGGUGCUAAAAAGUGAGCUCUCUGGAAACUUUGAGAAUGCCAUUCUUGCCAUGCUAGACCCACCACACAUUUUUGCUGUGAAGGAGCUACGGAAAGCCAUGAAAGGAGCGGGCACAGACGAGUAUGUCCUGGUGGAAAUCCUCUGUACUGCCACCAAUGCUGAAAUUGCCACUUACAAAGAAACUUACUUCCAAGUGCAUGAAAGGGAUCUGGAGUCGGAUGUUGCCGGAGAUACCAGCGGGGAUGUCAGGAGGCUGUUAACGCUGCUGCUCGAGGGAAAUCGAGAUGAGAGUUAUGAAGUGGACGAAGCACUGGCUGAAGAUGAUGCCACUGCCCUUCUUGAGGCUGGAGAGGGUCACUUUGGCACAGAUGAGUCGACAUUUAGCUUCAUCCUGGCCACCAGGAACUAUCUGCAGCUUCAGACUAUGUUUAAAGCUUAUGAAGCAAUUUCAGGAACUGAAAUUUUGGACACCAUUGAGAGUGAAAGUUCAGGAACUCUGAAGCAGUGUUACGUCGCUCUGGUAAGAUGUGCUAAGAACCCACAGCUGUACUUUGCUCGGAGGCUGAACGCAGCCAUGAAGGGCGCAGGCACUGAGGAAGACACUCUAAUCCGCAUUAUUGUUGGUCGCUCUGAGGUCGAUCUGGAGACCAUUAAGGACAUGUACUUGGAGAAAUACGACGUUCCUCUGAAGGAAGCCAUCAGCUCUGAGUGCAGCGGAGAUUUCAAACGCCUCCUAGUGGCUAUCUGCCAUUAAAUCAGGCAACCAUAGGAGCCAAACUCAGUCAGAUCAAGUGCAUAGAGUAGUGAGAUAAAAACUAACACACACACAACUUACCAUGGUCCUACUGAACACAAACACAAGCUGUAAAGUAUCCAGCUCAACACUAUCUGUAGUUCUGAUGUGUCAUUUACUACAAAUUAGUGGAAAGAAUCACUACUACACAGUUUUUUUGUGUACAACACAGCGGUCUUGUGCUGCAUUUAGCCAGACUCAUUCAGUUUUAGCUCUUUAUUAAGAAAUUGGCAUGGCAGGAAAGUUCUGAUGUUGAACGUUAACCAGCAUGAAGCAGUGAAAUGAAAUUUAAAUUAAAUUCUAGUUAACCAAAGUUAUGCUACAAUUAUAUUAUGCAAUGUUAAAUAUCACAAUUCCAGUAUUUUAAUUCAGCAUAUUUUGUAUUUUUAAUGUGUUCUUGGAUUGUGAAAGCAAGCUUAACACUGAAUGUUUUAUUGACUGUUACAGAGUUUAUGCUAUGCAGUUUUAUAACAGUUCUAAGUUGUGGUCAGUUUUGAUUGUUUUCUAGUAAUGGGUUUUAAUGCAUGGUUUGUGAAGAAGGAAAAUGGUCAGUUCAUGUCGCAUAGCUUCAGCUUUGCUCAUUCAUGGUCAGUUAUUACUAACACAAAUAUUUAUUACAUUUAUUACACUUUAUAUUUAACGCCAUGUAUUUUGUUUAGAUUAUACAAUUUUUAUAUAAAUUCUAUUCAGUCUAAAAGUCUGUAAUCAGUCAGAAGUGGACACACACUUGUAAUGAACAGAGAAGCAAUGUAAUAGCAGCAUUGGGAUUUUAAUCAUUUCUGCUAUGGUUCUUUUUCUGUGUUUCAAUGGUUGGAACACAAACUCCUUUGUCCAAUGUCCAAAAAAAAGCUCAUUUAAAUUCAUUCAUUUGCAAUCCUUAUGCCACUUGUACCUCCCCCACACUGGCCGAGGUGAGCUAAGACUAUCAAGGGCCACCCUGGCACAUAGUCACACAGUUGCCAGGUGCAUCUUUUCACCCACCAGUGUUGGAGUCUCACAGAGAGCCAUACCCAUUAUAAAGCAACAGGCUAUUAACUGUGCGAAUACCCCACCACUACAUUUUUAUAUUUACAUUUUUUACAUUUAGCAGACGCUUUUAUCCAAAGUGACAGUAUACAGUCCAGUAUACUACAGGUUAAGGGCCUUUCUGUACCCAUAGAAAUGUGUCUAGAUUGUCUGCACAAGCAUAUAAGUAAGAAAGUCUUGAGGGUUCUUGAUGGUUCUAGGCAACUUUGUGUACUAGCUGUACAACUAAUUGUCUGUAGUAAAAGUACAAAGCACAUGCAACAGUGUUGUCACCUUCUUAUUAAAGGAAAUUAGUUUUAAUAGUCAUAUAUCAUCUAAGAGCCUGCACAAAAAACAGGUCUUGAAGCUGCUGGAACACAGGUGUCUCUAUCCACAGUCAAGUGUGCUGUUACGUUAAAAAAGCUCCGUGAGGGCCGCUCAGGUGGCGCAGCGGUAAAAUACACUAGCACACCAAAGCUGGGAUUUCGAAUACAUUGUAUUAAAUCUCAGCUCUGCCAUCCAGCUGGCUAUAUGAACAACGUUUGGCUGUUGGUUAUCCAGGGAAGGGAGCCGCAUAGGGACUCUCUCAUUACUAAUGCAAUUACGACCUCUGCUGGCUGGUUGAUGGCAUCUGCACAGAGUCAAGGAAUAAUGUUGAUCAGGGUGUGGCUCUCCGUGCACAAGGCUGGUCGGCAUAUUAACUUGCCUCGUGCAGGUGAAAAGAUGCAGUCGGCUGCUGUGCACGUGUUGGAGGGGGCGUGUGUCAGUUUGCGCUCCUCAAUCAGGGCGGGGGUCAGCUCCAGUACAGAGGAAGCAUAAUGCAAUUGGGUUAAAAAAAAAAGCUCAGUGGCCAGUGGUUUUAAGGGCAGUGGAAGCUCAGCGAUUGAGGUACUAGAUGAGUAAUCAGAAGGUCCCUAGUUCAGGUCUCACCACUGCCAGGUGUCCACUGUUGGGCCCUUGAGCAAGGCCCUUACUGUUCAGUUGCUUGAAUUGUAUAUGGUUACGGUUGCUUAGGAUGAAAAAUUCUGUAAAUGUAAAGAAGCAGUGGUGGCUUAGUGGUUAAGGUACUGGACUCAGAUGUCCAGAAGGUUGCUGACCUAUUCCCCACCACCACCAAGUUGCCAAUGUUGGCUCCUUAGCAAGGCCCUUAACCCUCAAUUAAUUACAACUGAUAAUUGUGCUUACAAUUGUAAAUCACAAGUGGUCCCAGAAAUAUCUCAGAAAAAAACACAAAUGUAUCAAAAAGUUCUUUUUAAGUAUGUGUGAAGAAAUAUGUCCAAUCAGUAUGUCACAAAAAUAACUUAAUUUAGAAUUUAAAAUCCCAACACUGUUAUGACUUAUUACAAGUAUAUGUAAACUUUUGAUAUUUACUGUAUGUGGUAGCUUUAAUAUGAAGGGAAAAAUAAGCAGCACCUGGUCUGCUGCUCAUACCCAUGGCAGCUUGGUUUUAACAAUGAGAUCUGACUCACUUUCCCUGUAUGACCACUAUUCUUUGUUGUUACUCAUCCAAAGAAUGACUGUGUGGGACCAGAAAAUAUUAGGGGUAAGAGGUAAAUGGAAAGGGGGGAAUUAAAGACCAAAACUGCCUGUUAAUUACAAUCAAAAUAACAAUAAAAUUGUAACACAAAAGAA